AUGGCUGAAGCACUUCAUAUGUUCGAGAGUAGGGACGAAAGCGAUUUCGAGGGUUUUUUAAUGGACGAAACGGUUGAAGAAACACGGCCAAUCGCAGCGGGAACAUCAACAGUUUCAUGGCGAGACAUAGCGGGCGACUCGGACGAAGAGGAUUUUGACGGUUUUUCGGACAUCGAAGUUCAAGAACUCGACAGCGAUAGUGUGAGCGAAAGUGGAAGCAAGAUAAGUAACGAUAGUUUUGAUGAUAUUUUUGAAUGGAAAGAUAAUUUAAGCAAUGUUAGUGUUGAAGACUUUACUGCCGACUUUGGUCCUUGA